AUGAGUAAAUUUGAUUUAGGAAAAUCGUCGUCUUCUGGGGUGAAGGUUGAAUUAGAUCGAUCGCAAACUGGAGGCACCUUCACAAACUACGAUGUUAUUAGAGGCGAAGUGAAAUUGACUGUUCCUAGCGCAAUCUCUUUGAACUAUAUUCAAGUGAAGUUAGAAGGAAUUUCAAAAACAGAACUUAAUAUUCUUCGAGCGCAGAGGGGUCAACGUGAUGAUCAUAGAAGGAGACGUAAAGAUAGAAGAGAUGGUGACAAAAAAUAUAGACUAGUACAGGACGCUCACAAAGUUUUAUAUGACACGGUACUUGUAUUCCCUCCGAGCAACAUAAAGUCUCUGGCGAAAGAGUUUACUUUGGCACCUGGUAAUUAUGUUUAUCCUUUUGAAUUUAAAAUUCCUUUGAACAAUUCUUGCGUGAAGAUGCUGGGAAUCACAAAUAAAAUUCUGUUUAGUAAGAAUUUUGAUAUUGUAUUAAAUAACGGGAAUUUUGACGCAACUUUUUUUCGAAAUAAGGCACAGCUGUAUCUACAAAACAAUUUGGGAAAUGACGAUAUUAAACAACAGCCAAUGCCACAACAGUAUCACAUAACUUCUCAACUUCCUCCAUCGUUAAGUGGAAUGAAUGAUUUUGCUUCCAUUAAAUAUUUUGUGAAAGUCACUUGCAAGCGAUCAUCUUUUUUAAAAGCUAACUUAAGAGCCUAUGAUCCCUUUGUUUUCUUACCGUUGGAUCUAGAUAGUCAUAAUUUGCCUUUGCUGCAGAGCAAUGACUACGAAGAGUAUAAGGAAUUAUUUUUGAGAAAAGACGCAAUAUUCAGAGACAGGAUUCCAGAAAUUGUUGGCGUGAAAAUCCCUAAUGAGAAACCUCAGAAAGCACCAGCACUGACUCGUGUCAUUCCUAAGAAGCAGGGAUUUUUACAUAAAUUCUUUGAUUCCACUGCAACCACUAUUCCCCCUCCUCCUCCCACCCCACCGAAAGACUAUAGCAAUAAGAAAGCUUCAUAUCCAGAAAUUAGAUCACGAGAUGUUCCUUUCUCGUUCGAAGCUCGGUUCAGGCAUCCGGCUUUUUUGAUUCCUACGAAGCCCCCUUCUUUCAAACUUUAUUUACUGACUGAUCUCAGGCCCUCAAGGUAUACAUUAGCAGAGUAUGGAAAACCUGAUGAAAGCAAUGGAUUGGGUGUUGUAUACUUGCAAAGACUCAUCGUGGACUUAACUUCAACCACAAUCAUAUCAGUUUUGGAAACAGAUGGGUCAUCAAACGAGAUACAUACAGGCACACACGAAGAGCUUAUUAACAUAUGUGAUAACAUGUAUCCCAAUUUGAGAUUCGAUUUAAAAGAUUGUAGACGGGGAACAUCAUCGUCAGCAUUCAGUUCUAAAGGGGCAUUACCGCUGAAUAAAUAUGAGAUCGAAAUCCCACCGGAGUACUUUGAAAACUGUAUUUUGACUGAUCAUUUAUCGCCAACUUUUAAGACCUGUAAUAUCACAAGGAAAUAUAAGCUAAGUAUUACAGCAGGUUUCUCGUGUGAAAAAGUUACAGACAUGACCAACCCCCAAGAAGAAAAGAAGAUCAAGUACGUUGAUUUACAAUAUCCCAAUAUCAAGGUUUUGAGUGGCCUAAGCAUGACAAGUGCUUUGCAUUCUAAUGCUUCCGGAUCAAGUUUGUCUAUGGCUAAGCCACCCCUUACCAGCAAUAACAUUUCAUCGCUGUCUGUGAACACAAACGAAAAAGCGUCGCUUUCUAAAUUUCCACCUCCAGAUAUAUCCGUUGCUAGUGCAAAUUGUUCAUAUCAUAGUCCAAGUAGUUUCGAUAGCAAUUUUGAACUACCAAGUCUGAACUUACCUACAUAUGAUGAUGUUAUGAGAGAGACUACUUAUCAAGAUGAUAGAGAGCACCUGAGUGCCCGUAGAAGGUAUCAACAGCAUGAGCAAUAUUCUCAUAAUCUUGAGUAA